AUGCCUCGUGCUAGCAGCCAGGGUGGCCGUGGCCGUGGCCGUGGUACGACUCCUGGCGCACAACCUACCGUUGAUGAAUACGGAGUAUCCAUCACCCCAUUCCAACCGACACCCUUCCAAACCAGCGAAAACGACUCAAGAAUUGCAACGGAACGUCGGAUCACUGCCAAUACUAUGAUACAUGUAUUACUUACAACUCAAUUCAACUUCAAGACCGAAGGCCCUCCGAUCGACACGUUGCAACAACACCAGUCUCGCCGUCGCAUAGGCCAACUUCCAGCGCAAGAACGGCUUAGGCCGUACGCCAUUCCAUCCACACGCACCCCCAGCCAACACACGUCGUCUCGGGCUUCAAUGAGUACCAUCUCGUUGGAUGAUCUCAACGACGAUGGUACCCAUUCGCAACGUUCACAACGUGCGAAACGUGGCUCAAAACAGAGCGCAAAGGUAAAACCCUCCAAUAUCGCGUUCUACGACGAGAACGACAAAAAGAACAUCUACCAUGCACGAAAACUCAUCAUGCUCGAUAUGAUACUCGAGACCGGUUGGGAGGCUGAUCGAAAUAUACUUGUGGCUAUCGCUGAAGAAUGCCUCUCUUCAGCAUGCGCAAGGAACACGCACCUCACUGAACCUACCGCCGGUGUCAUUAAACUGGUAUUGGACGAGCUAUCGACUGUGCGGGGAAAACUGGUUCAGGAUGCCGAGGGUUACCUCUCGGCUCUCGGCCUCCAGCAUGACACUAGUACUAUGUCCGAAGAAGAUCAAACGGCACGCAUAGUAGCGCGUGCGAACCUCAUCUUGGACGAGCAGAACCUCCAGGAUUACUUCCUUCACGGUUGGGAUGCUGACCGCGAGAAAAUUCUCGUGUUUUCGGCCCCAGCCUAUCUCAAAUUUCAUGAGGCUUUCUGGUUCGGACGAAGCUCGCCUUUCCUCAACGAUUCAAUGUCGAGGGCACGGAUAUCAAAACCAUCGUGGUUCAUGUAUGAACUUACGGGCGCUGCACUAUAUUGUAUUAUUCGCCGUGCUGCUACUGGCCAGCUUUCUAAAAGCCAGAAUACCCUACAUUUUACUACGCAAGAGUUCCAACCGGUCGCAUUGGGAAUCCGGAACGCGAUCAAACGAUACCUGGACCAACCUGAGCUCGAUGACAUGCUUAAAGACUCUCAGAUCUCGCACAGGUGA